AAAAAAAAACUAAAGAAAAAAAAAUACCAAUAGAUAAAAUAUAAUUUUUAUUGCAGUGUAAAUAGAAAUUAACUUAUUUUGAUGAAUAUUAAAAGGAAAGUAAAAUUAAUCCAAAGUAACGGACAGAGAAUUAUGAAAUAAUAUGUACUUUUACUUGGGUAAUAUGAUUUACAAUGAAAUAAUUUGGAGACAAUACUUUAUUCGUCAUGUUAAAUAUUUAUGGUUUAUAUAAUUACUCAUGAAUUACAUUAACUACUAUUAUAUAGAUUAUAUGAUUUAUAAACAAUAUGUAAAUUACCUUUAUAUUGCCUCAUGAUUGCUCAGCAAAUUGUGAUAUGGCGUGUAUUUUUCGAAGGAUAUGUUAUAAGUAUGCUAAAUGUCUGAUGGUAGUUGUUUUUGUCGCAUUUUUCGUCCAAAUAUUAUUAGCAGUAAGCUAUUUUCCUUCUGAAAAUGAUGAUUUACUGAACAAAAAAGGACAUAUAUCAUUGGAAAGGCAACAAAUAGAUUCUUUGCUGGAUAGAAAAGUUGAUAAAUUAAUAAAUAAUGAAAAUAUACUUGCAAAAUCAAAAGUUGCUACAGAAAAACAACAUGCUUCAUUGAGGAUAGAAGAAUUAAACUUUAAACCUAUAUGUGAAGUUAAGAGUCGAGAAGCAAUAUCUGCCAUCCACCGUGCUAAAACACAAAAUUGUAAAGAACAAAUUAUUAAUAAAACUUGCCUCAUUCAGGAUGGUAAUUUUUAUCCAAAAAUAUUAACAAACAAAUGUGUCAGUCAGCAAAUGAUGUAUGGACGACAUUUGGGAUGUUAUCAAGAUGAAAAGAAACUAAGAAUUCUAUCCAGUUUUUAUGGCAACUAUGUGAACUCUAAUUCCCCAUACUCAUGUUUGGAUAUUUGCUUGCAAGCAGGCUUUCCAUAUGCAGGAGUUCAAUAUGGAUCAGAGUGUUUUUGUGGUGACAACCCACCACCCUCUGCAGCAAAAGUAGCUGAUAAUUUGUGUAACAUGAAAUGCCCAGGAGAUCAAAGUAAAGUUUGUGGUGGUUACUUCACAAUGAACAUAUAUGAAACGGGAUUAAAAAAAUUUGAGCCCAAAACACCACAAAUUACAGAAAACAUAAAUAAAUCAGUGAGAAUAGUUUAUCUACUAACGCUAAAUGGACGUGCGUUACGCCAAGUGCAUCGCUUGAUAAACGCACUUUAUCGAAGCAAUCAUUAUUUUUAUAUACAUGUUGAUUCUCGGCAAGAUUAUUUGCAUAGGAAAUUAAUGUCAUUAGAGAAAACACUUCCAAAUGUAAAAUUAGCAGUCACGCGGUAUUCUACGAUUUGGGGAGGAGCAUCUUUACUUAAAAUGCUUCUUACAGCCAUGAAAGACCUUUUUCGACUGGAAUGGGAAUGGGACUUCGUUAUAAAUCUGAGCGAAAGUGACUUUCCUAUAAAAUCUAUAGAAAAUUUAGAGAAUUUUUUAUCUGCAAAUAAAGGAUUUAAUUUCGUGAAAUCUCAUGGACGUGAAGUACAAAGAUUUAUAAAAAAACAAGGACUUGACAAAACUUUUAUUGAAUGUGAAACCCACAUGUGGCGUGUAGGUGAAAGGAAAUUACCACGAGGAAUCGUGAUAGAUGGUGGAAGUGAUUGGAUUGCAUUGUCCCCUGACUUUGUUUCGUAUGUCACUGGGGAUCGUGAUGAAUUAUUGGCUGGAUUGGAUGUUAUAUUUCAACAUACGCUAUUACCUGCCGAGUCAUUUUUUCAUACGGUUUUACGAAAUUCUAAGUUUUGUAAUACUUAUGUGGACAAUAAUCUGCAUGUAACUAAUUGGAAAAGAAAACUGGGCUGUAAAUGUCAAUAUAAACAUGUUGUAGAUUGGUGUGGUUGUUCACCUAACGAUUUCAGGACCGAAGACUGGCCAAGAAUACAAAACACUCAAGACCGACAAUUAUUUUUCGCUAGGAAAUUUGAACCCAUAAUUAAUCAACAGAUUAUUACAAGAGUUGAAGAAUAUAUAGGUUUUACUGAUCAUCACUUAUUAAACAACCUAGAAGCUUAUUGGCAAAGUAUAUAUCAUAUUGAUGAUUUGCCUUCAAGUUCAGAUGAUAUGAUACUAACACAUGCAGAUAGCAUUACACGUGAAAACUCAAAAAUUUUGUUUACAGAGGGAUGUUCUCUUGUUCCAUAUGAUAUUGUUGAAAUUACUUCAUAUAAUUAUGCAGAUGUAUAUAAGGGAAAUUUGAUACUUCACAAAGCUGUACUAAAUAAGGACCAUGAAAUAUUAAUAGAAACUUGGUAUAAACCAAAAAAGCAUCUAGAAUUAAAUUUUCAAAAUCAUUUCGUAGAUAAUGUUAAGAUAUUCAAAGUCAGUACAGAUUACGAUCAAAAGGAAAUGACUUUUAGAAAUUUAGCCAACAUAUUAGGACCAUUAUCGGAACCCAUCUUAUUAUAUCAGUUUGCACCAAUUGCCGAGAAGAAAAUAGAAAAUUUUACUAUAAUGUGGCUAGAUCCGGCAGGUAUCAUAGCCGAUGUAAAUAGCAUAUAUUUAGAUGAAAAUAAUCUAACAAACUUUAUAAAGCCUAACUUAAAAGUCCCUCUUCUGCCAGGCGUUUGGAAAGUGGGUUUAUUUGAACAAUUGAACUUGAUAGCCAUAACUAAGUUUUUAAUUACACCUUUAGAAUCUUUCUCUGGUAAAGAACUAACUCAUCAAGAAGCAAAUAUUAUUCACAGUGGAUCACAACAUGCCUAUAAAGAUUUUUCUUAUGUGAAACCUUUUAAUUUUUUGCCUGAUGAAGAUGAAAGUUUAUUAUUGCAAAAAAUUUCUCAUUCAAAUGUCAACAGAGUAAAUCAAGAUUUAAAGGAAUGGAUAGACAGUCUUAAUGCUGAUUUUUAUAGUAUAUUAGGGUCAUGUGUUUCUUUUACUAGUCAAAAAAAUAAAGACAGAAUAGAAUGCGGAAAUCAUAUAUUUGAAUAUUGUACUCAGACCGAGUGGAGUUCUCUGUCACCGGAUCCUAAGGGAUCGAUAGGUAUUUUAAAUACAAAAUCAGGAAGACUGGAUAGAACGUGACAAUUGUUAUAGGUAUUUUAGCCAUCACUGAUGCAAACUCUAAUAAAUGUGUAUAAUAUACUUAUGUAUAUGUAUGAAUUUAAGAAGAAUACUAAUUUUAUAGAA